UUCCGCCAUGGGUCCCUCCCGGCUUCCUUGCCUGGCCUUUCAGUUCCCCCACCCCGCCACUUUCCCGUCGCGUUCGCCAUGCCCGGUUCUUCGGUGUCACGGCGCGGCCCGGCCGCGGCAGCGUCGCCGCCCCAAGUCUCUGUCUUCCCUUCUCCGCAGGAGCUCGGCUCGGCGCUGGCCCAGCUGGUGGCCCAGCGGGAGGCUCAGUCCGGGCCCGGCGGGCGCUUCUCCCUGGGUCUAUCAGGUGGGAGCCUGGUGCGGAUCUUGGCCCAGGAGCUGCCCACCGCUGUCGCCUGCCCUGCCCGCUGGCUCCUGGCUUUCGUGGACGAGCGACGGGUCCCGCUGAACGACCCCGAGAGCAACUACGGCGCCUACAAGACAUAUCUCCUUUCUAAGUUUGUGGUACCUGAGGACCAAAUUGUUGUUAUCAACCCUUCCCUCACAGUUGAAGAGGCAGCAGCGGAUUAUGCCGCAAAGCUGAAAGAGGCCUUCCAGGGUGAGGAUAUGCCUGUGUUUGACCUCUUGAUCUUGGGAGUAGGCCCAGAUGGACACACUUGUUCACUUUUUCCAGAUCACCCUCUCCUGCAGGAGCGGGAGAAGAUAGUGGCUGCCGUUCGAGAUUCCCCAAAGCCACCUCCAGAGCGGAUCACGCUGACUCUCCCAGUGCUGAAUGCUGCUCGGAGUGUGGUGUUUGUUGCCACUGGGGAUAGCAAAGCUGCUGUGAUAAAGCGCAUUUUGGAAGGUGAUGAGGAAAACCCAUUGCCAGCUGCCCUUGUCCAGCCACACACUGGGAAGCUCUACUGGUUUUUGGAUGAGCCAGCUGCGAAGGAGUUGACGAUUCCUUUUGAAAAGCACUCCAUCUUGUAGGAAGCUCAUGUCCCAUCACCUUUCUGGUUGGGAAAAGUCCACCAAGUGUGGGUUGUGGGUAGAUCCCAGCCUGCUAACAUUCCAGGUCACGGUCUCCACGUCUGGUUUUAGUGCUCAGGAGUGACACUAAACUAACACUGUCUUUUUCUUCUUUCUUUCUUUCUCUUCUCCCUUUCCUCUUACAAAAAUUAAGAAGUGGUACAUUUGUGGAGCACUGUGUAACAAAUAUGAUUGUUUCUGUAGCCAGGGCAAAGUGUGAAAUGGGAUGCUUGGGUCCAGCUAAAGUUGCAAAAGGAAAGUCGCAGGAAACGGCAUUACAAUCUUUAUCAUGUGAACGGUCUACUGUGGUGUAAAAAGUGAAUGCACAAUUAAAGAUGCAAGUUAAAGCCACUGAGUGGUGGCACAGUGUGUUCCA